AUGGACAGGAACCAACCAAGCACAAGUCUACUUGACAUCAAUCAACUGGGUAUGAACCAUCCAGGCACAUGGCAACCAGGCCCUAGCCAACCAGGCAUGAGACAACCAGGGAUGAGGCAACCAGGCAUGAACCAACCAGGUAUGAGGCAAUCAGGUGAAAGCCAAUCAGACACAAGUCAACUAAGCCCUAGCCAACCAGGCAUGAGACAACCAGGGAUGAGGCAAACAGGCCCAAGCCUACCUGACAGAAGCCAAUCAGGCCCAUACCAAAUAGGCAUGAGGCAAUCUGGCACAUGGAAACCAGGCCUGAGCCAAGCAGGCAUGAGGCAACUGCAAUCAGGCCUGGGCCAGUCCAGCAUGAGGCAACCAGGCCUGAGGCAACCAGGCCUGAGGCAACCAGGUAUGAGGCAAUCAGGUGCAAGCCAAUCAGACAUAAGUCAACCAGGCCCAAGCCAACCAGGCUUGAGGCUAAGUCGGGAGAAGGCAUUCGAGCAGAAGGCAACCAAGGGUGAAUUAUUUCUGAUAAGAUCUGCAGAGGCUUAAGACUGCCCAGAAAUCCUGAUCCUAACAAAAGAAUUGGCUGCCUGUGAAAACAUGCUGGAAUCAGUGAAGUUAACAGUAACAGAUUUACUGAGGGAUGGCUUUGGGGACAAUCCCCUUUUCAACUGUCUGACUAUAGAAAUACACAAUCAACAAAAGCCAUCAGGCCAAGUGACUAUUGGAUUUUCCAUGUAGUACUUUACAUACGACCCCUGGAUUGGCAAGUUACUUUACCUAGAGGACUUUUAUGUCAUAUAAGCUUAUUGAGGUCUAGGUACUGGAGCUGAAAUGCUGAAGAGACUAAGUUAGAUAGCCAUCAGAAGCCACUGUAACUGCAUGCACUUUCUUGUCAUCAUUUGGAACCAGGCUUCUAUUGACUAUUAAACUCGCCGAGGGGCUUUAGACCUUUCCUCCGAGGAGGGCUGGCAUCUGUUCAGGUUUAACAGAGAAGAACUCAUGAACAUGGCAAGGGAAGAGUGA